AUGUUUUCCCUCACCCCUCCUCUGCCCCCCCGAUCCAGAUCAGGGGGCAUCGACCCCAUUGCCGCUGCCUCAUCGCCGCUGUGGCCACUAGCCGCGACUCACCGCACCACCGUGCCGUGGACCUCCGCUCGCCUCGCCUUCGACUCCCACGCCACUGGAUCGGAGCCGGGGAGUACCUGCGUCGCCACCCGCCGUCUCCGGUGCCGCCACGCCAUCGCCGGACUGCCUCCCGCCACCGACGCGCCAUCUCCGUCUCCUCCUCAACCCCCACUGCCCGUGCCUUGCAAACUCCCCGUGAGCCUCGACCUCCUCCUUCCCUUCCCUCUGCCGAUCGCCGUGGCCGAGCGAUGGAGCUCGCGCUCCGGCCACGCUCGCCUGUGCCUCACGCACGCCACCCCGGCGCAGCCGCCGCAACCCCCUGCUUCCCCGCGUCCCGUUCCGCUCACCGCCCCGCGCCGGCGCUGUCGAGCCGCGGCCGGCCGCCGGUGGCCUCAUCCCACUUCACCCCCCACCCCCCGCGCGUAA